AUGAAGGAUGGCUCCUAUGGUUCAGCGACCCAAGACAACAAUCCCUUGGGCAUCGUCUACUCCUUGAACUUCAGUAAGCCGUUCAACAUGAGCCAAAAUAUCAGCGGUGUUCUGGACCAAAACCCAAAGGUCGCCGGCGCUGCGACCAACAUCGCACCGAACUAUUUCGACGGAGCACUUCUCGCGAAUGAUCACCAGUUCUUCAUGUAUGGUGGACUGCUGAAGCAGACGGACGUUUACGAUGAUCCGGAUGCAGACGCAGUCACGGAGUAUCAGCAAUCUAGCUAUGGUGUCCAGAAGCAAGUGACCCCGGGGUACAUCAACACCAAACUGCCCGACGGCUUGACAAGAUAUCUUGCAUAUGGAGGUGCUGCCAACGCACCUUCUGAGAACAAGGCAUUCUACUUUUCUGGGCUUCGCGCCCCCGAGUGGGGUCCUACCUAUUAUCCCGGCUACAACGAUUCGCUAACAGCCAUCAACGUCUCUAACACACUGAUCACGCUCGACAUGUCAACGCAGAACGAUCAGGAAUGGAGCAACCAGACCUUGCCUGACGGGAUUUCAGGGCGCGCGAAUCCGGAGCUUAUCUGGGUUCCAGUCGGUGCGCAAGGCAUUCUGGUCGCUUUAGGAGGCGUAGUCUACCCUGAAUUUGUCAAUGCUGCGCACUCCUCAGACAACCUGACCGGUAGUGAGAAUGUGAGCCCGUCAUUCAUGUCCAACAUCGAUAUAUACGAUAUCGCAAGUGGAAAGUGGUACACACAGCCCACGGUUGGUGGACCUUCGCAGCUCGCUAGAGGCUGCGCCGUCAUGCAGCCAGCUCAGGAUUACUCGAGCUUCAACAUUUACUACUACGGUGGCUACGAUGGACUUCAUGCUACCGAUGCAUCAGACUUCAAGGACGACGUCUGGAUACUGUCACUGCCUUCCUUCAUGUGGAUGAAGGUUGCUUCUGGACGGUCCGGCUAUGGGCGCGCAGGCCAUAAAUGCUUCAUGCCGUAUCCGGACCAGAUGAUGGUCAUUGGCGGCUAUCCAGCCCAGGCUGGCACGGCCACCACCUGCGUGAGUGGCGGGAUCAUCCAGUUGUUCAACCUGAGCUCGUCCAAGUGGAUAGAUAGGUACGACCCAGGCGUCUGGUCUAACUACCACGUCCCGGAAAUGAUAUAUGCCAUGAUUGGCGGCGAUGAGAAGGGCGGUGCGACUGAGCUCACUCCCGGACCGACUGGCUGGGCUACUACAGCACUGGCCAGCGUCUUUGCAUCACCAUACCCUACCUCAAAACUCACGACGUACUACCCAUACGCCCCAUCGGCCACGGGCGGCUCAGCUCUGCCCACCCAAAGUUCUCAAUCUGGCGGUGGUGGCGGUGUACCAGGCUUCUUACCCCCGCUGCUUGGUGUCAUUCUUGGGCUGAUCUUCAUCACGUCUAUCGUUCUUGGCAUCUUGUUCUGGCGCCGCCGUAAAAUACUCAGGAAGAACGGCGGCAUGAGCGAGAUGACCGAUGAAAAUGGCAAUCGCAUUAUGUCCUGGAUGCGCGGCCAACCCUCAGAGACUAAAGCACCAACUGUCACCACCAGCGAUGAUAUGCCUCAGAGCCCGGACCCGGAGCGUGCUGCGUUGUACGCCCCUCAUCCACACCAGCAGCAGCUACAACAGCAGCUUAUGCGCCAUGAGAUGGACGACACUCAAGUCGCCGAGCUAAUGGACACCUCGCCCCGAGCAGAACUAUCAGACACGGCCUUAACGCCCGUCGACAUUAUCAGCAAGCACACGCACUUCGGCUCGGCCGGCGGAAGUAGCAGCCCGCUGGGCAACCCGUCGUUUGCAUACUCGUCCAUAGCCGCGACAGAUCAUGCAAGCAUGGUAAGCAGUAACUCCGCCGCAGGAGGCGCCAUGUUUGCAGGCCCCUCCUCGAGGAGCCCUCCCACAGCAUCCCCCUUCAACCCCGAGCAGCAGGUGCGCCCGGACUCACCGGCACUGCCAGCUACCUCCCCCUACGAUGAUGACCACACCCCCACCGCCGGAAAGCCCCUUCCGGCACCAACCUCAAACAACAGUAACGCCGCCGCCGCGGCCUCAUCAGCGGCUCAGGGAGAGUCUCCGCGGGGCGAAUCAGGGGUAUCAGCGUUUAGCGAGCGAGACCGGUCCCACCUGAGGAACAUCAGCGACCCAGCGACGGUCAGCACGAUGGACGGCACGCUCGUCGGCUCGCCGCGCCUGGGCCCCCAGCCGACGGGCCGCGUCGCGAGCCCACCGAUCAUGGAGGAGGGCUCGCUCAACACCCUGCGCAGUCACCCGACACCGGGCGGCACACCCCCCGCGGUGAUAAGUCCGCCGACGGGGGGAGAGGCCGACGGUGAGGACUACGUCAGCGCAAAGGGCAGCAGCGGGCCGGUCAGCCCGCUCAACCCGCCGGCUGCGCCGCCGGUGCCCCGGUCGAGUAACAGUCCGGCUCCUAGCCGGAAAAGCAUUUUCAGGGAGUCCAUGGAGGACAUGGGAGGGUCAAAGUGA